GAUAAAGGAAGAGUACACACAUACAAUUUGUAAUCUGACCAUUUCGUAAUAUAGCCUGUACAAUUCAGACACAGUCAGUCGUUCUCAACAAAUUGCAGCGCGGAAAAUUGUUUUAAUAAAAAGCUAACAAAAAUGACGAGCUUCAUAUUAAUGUUUGUACUGAUCGUUGGAUUACUUCAGGUAUGCAAACCCAAUCCGCUUUCUUCUCAAGAAGAAAAAGAAGCGGAAAUAGAUCCAGUGAAACUAUUAACGGCAAAUGAAUUAACUCGGGCAACAAAUGCUGGAAUAUCCGGAUCUGACUUGGUUCAAUGGAAGGCUGACGGUGGAACACUUGACGAAUGGAUCGAAUUAUCUGCAUUUGAUGGUGAUCCAACAUAUAAAGAAAAAUCUUUUAAAAAUGCGGCAAAAUUUUGCAAAAUUUUCGUUCCUGGACACAGAAUGAUAUCAUCUAAUUAUACUAAAGCUCAGGAAGCGGACCUCGAGGAUUUAUUUGGAUUUGCAAAGCGUAUGCCGGGGAAAAAUGCGCUUUCUUUUAUUCGGACUACGUUCUGCGACUUCAUUAGUAACCCAAAUUCGCCUUCAUUUGGUCAAAAAUUCGUUCCUCACAUGAAAAUUCGUUAUUUAAAAAUUCACUUUGAAAUUGAUUCAGUUUUAGACCGUGUUAACCUCGCUAAACGAAUGUGCUGCAUAGAUGAAGGUGGUUAUAUUAUGCGUUAUGAAGAGGUCAGUGGAUUAAGCGAUGAAGAAAUGACCGAGUUUGAAAAACAUUGGAACAACUUCGAUACGGCAAAUAUACCGGAAUCAAUUAAAAAUUUGUGCGAUUUUCUUCAUUCAACGAAUGCAUUUGACGGCGACCAGUGCAAGAAAAUUCAUCUGGUCGUUGAUAGUUCCCUUGACUGAAAGGCAAGUUCAUUCCGGCUGACAAACGUAAACAACUGUACU